CGCCAUUUCCGUCGUCCCAAGUCUCUGUAGCGACGCCAUUAGCAUUGCGGCGAUGGAUGGCACCGUGCUGUGCGCCGCCAACCACGUGCCGCUGACGCCCAUCAGCUUCCUUGAGCGCGCCGCUCUCGUCUACCCGGACCGCCCGGCCAUCGUCGCAGCAUCUGGUCUCGCCGGCGCGCCGCCGCGCACUUGGCGCGAAACUCGGGCGCGCUGCACCCGCCUCGCCGGCGCUCUCGCCGGACUCGGCGUCGCGUGCCACGACGUGGUCGCUGUGUUCGCGCAAAAUAUUCCUGCGAUGUGCGAGCUACACUUCGGCAUCCCCAUGGCCGGCGCCGUCAUCUGCGCGCUCAACUCGCGCCUUGACGCCGCCAUGGCGUCGGUCCUGCUGCAGCACUCGGAGGCCAAGGUCAUCUUCGUCGACUACGCUCUGCUUGACGUCGCAAAACAAGCUCUCAGCCUCGUGAGUAAGGCCGCCGGAGCUCGGCCGCCCCACGUGGUGUUGAUCAAAGAGCUUCUCGACAAAUCGCCGUCAUCACCUGAUGAUUGCGAAGCGAACGAGAAAACAUCGGUUCAAGCUUACCACUACGACGAGUACGAGGCUCUCAUCAGCAAUGGCGGGUCGCCGGACUUCAGAAUUCGGUGGCCGGCCGACGAGAACGAGCCGAUAGCCCUCAACUACACGUCCGGGACGACGUCGAGGCCCAAGGGCGUCGUCUACAGCCACCGUGGCGCUUAUCUGAACAGCAUCGCGACCGUGCUCAUGAACGACAUGGUGGGCACGCCGGUCUACCUGUGGACCGUGCCGAUGUUCCACUGCAACGGCUGGUGCCUCGUGUGGGGCGUCGCGGCCAAGGGCGGCACCAACGUCUGCCUCCGCAAGGUCACCGCCGCCGCCAUCUUCGACCGCAUCGCACGGCACGGCGUGACGCACAUGGGCGGCGCGCCGACGGUGCUGAGCAUGAUCGUCAACGCCACCGCGGAGGAGCGGAAGCCGCCGCUGCCCGGCGGGAGGCCGGUCACGGUCAAGGCCGGCGGAGCGCCGCCGCCGCCACAGGUGCUGCUGCGGAUGGAGGCGCUUGGGUUCCUCGUCAUCCACGGGUACGGCCUGACGGAGACGCACGGCCCGGCCACGUUCUGCGCGUGGAAGCCCGAGUGGGACGCGCUGCGGCCGGAGCAGCGGGCGAGCGUCAGGUCCCGGCAGGGGCUCCACCACCUGGGGCUGGUGGUGGACGUCAAGGACCCCGUGACGAUGCGGAGCGUGCCGGCGGACGGGCGCACCGUGGGGGAGGUGAUGCUCCGCGGCAACACGGUGAUGAGCGGGUACUACAAGGACGCGGCGGCGACGUCGGAGGCCCUGGCCGGCGGGUGGCUCCGGUCAGGCGACCUGGCAGUCCGGCACGGCGACGGGUACGUGAAGAUCGUGGACCGGGCCAAGGACAUCAUCAUCUCCGGCGGGGAGAACAUCAGCACGAUCGAGGUGGAGGCAGCGCUGUUCACGCACCCUGCCGUCGCAGAGGCGGCGGUGGUUGGGCGGCCGGACGAGUACUGGGGCGAGACGCCGUGCGCGUUCGUGAAGCUCCAGGACGGCGGCAGCGCCGGGAGCGUGGGUGCGGAGGAGGUGAUCGCCUUCUGCCGGGCGCGGCUGCCCCGCUACAUGGCGCCGCGAACGGUGGUGUUCGUCGCGGAGCUGCCCAAGACAGCGACGGGGAAGGUGCAGAAGGUCGCGCUUCGGGAGAGGGCCAGGACCAUGGGCGCCAUCUCCGGCUCCAUUUCCAGGCAACAGCUAGGAGCUGGAUCAGAAUCAGAGUCAGGAAGAGGAACAAAGAGCAAGCUCUGAUUGUAGGAAUCACUGGAUGCUUUCACAGCGAAAGGAUUCUUAAUUAGUACAGUAUUACUCCUCAACGCUCCACAAUCAACACAUGAUAAGCCUGUAAUAAUUUCAUCCGGAACUUGUAUAGUUUGUCUAGUGUGUUUAUUUCAAGUCUACCAUCAAAAAUACAAUUGAAAGGAUGUCCUACAAAUCAACUGACCAGUAUACCUGGUCGCUUGCAUGAUCAAUUUUGCAACCAACAAACAAUUAAACACCAUUGAGUGUUGUGA